AUGACCUUUGAGCGCGGGCCAAGUGUAGUGGAUUCAGUCACCCAAGACGCGGCUGUUAUGCUGGAAUUCUUGGCGUUGAGUCGCCAACAUGUUCUGCAAGCUGCCCAAGUUGACCGGCCACAGAAAGCUGAAACGCUUUCAAGCACUUCCGAGCUGCUCUUUACGGGAGCCCAAGUCAGAGAAUUGAUGGAACAUCAUCAAAAAUGUAUUGCGUGGACUCAUAAUGUGGUUCAUAUGCCUACAUUUCUGGACCAAUGUGAGGAGAGAUUGUGCAGUGGAGGAACAUCAAUUGAAGAAGACUGGGUCUCGCUAUAUUAUGCUAUACUUGCCGUGCGAACUGAAGGACUUGUCACCUUGUACCAUGCUCAUGCUUCCAAAUUGGAAGAGGUUGAAAUCUACGCCGGGGACGAGUUGGCUAUGGUUUGCUAUCAAAAGAGUAUCGAAAGCCUGAACCAGGCCGACUUCAUGAAGAAUCAUAGUCUCUUCAGUGUCCAAGCCAUCUGUCUUCUGAUCUAUAUUGGUCACAAUACUGGAGAUUCUGAUCGAAUUUCGGUUCUUUUGGCAUCUGGGAGCCGCAUAGCGCAGUGUCUAGCAAUUCAUCGACUGGGCCCUGAUCACAAAUCCAGUAUAUCGCAAUGCACAGAUCAAAUUCUGCGCACUAGACGGCUGAUUGAUCGGGAGAUUUCCAAGCGAGUGUGGUGGUUUCUUGUGCGACAAGACUGGCUCCAGAUUCCUUUCAACAAUACGUAUAAUAUUCACCCUUCCCAAUUCAAUACACCGAUGCCCAGAAAUUGCGACGAGGAGGCCUUUAAAAUGGUUGUUGACGGCGAGGUGAUACAGCACGAUCAAGAUCAAUAUACCCAAGGAAGUUAUACAUCUGUUUUGAACAACGUGGCUGUGAUAAUAUGGAAGAUGGAAGACAGAAUGUGUCAAAAGCGCGCCGAAGAAGAGACCGAGAGCAGCAUGCGUGACCUUUAUUCUGAGGUUUUACAAGCAGAUCGCGAGAUGAAGCAGCUUAUCGCUGGGUUGCCCCUUUUUUCGGAUCUGAAGUAG